CGUCGUUCAGAUUUACGAUCUAGAAGUUGAAAUGAAAAGCAUAGUGCUUGUUUGCGGGGUUUACCCAUAGCUUGAUUCGGUAAUCCGUGUACGACUGUGAAAUGGCAAUCGACUAUAGAGGUCUGGAUGACCAUCGGGAGUCGGAACCGUUACCCCACACAAGCGAUCGACCGCAUCCGCCACAGCCCCUCACCGCGAUGACGCCUCACUUCCAAUGGGGUUAUAAAACCGAAGAGUGGGCGCAAGUGUGCGCCAUUCGAGGUGCCUUCGAUUAUAACAUCUGUAUUCGUCAUCAUCCCCAAUUCAUAUAAAGUAAACCCUGAAGACCCUCGUAAAACCUGUCACACUCCCGAUCGAUCCUGAGCACGACCCAAAAACCUAACAAGCGAACACAAAUAUGUCAGCGGAAAAGAUGAAAGCUGUGCAUUAUGAGGGGCCGUUCAAGGUUUCGGUCAAGGACGUGGAACUGCCCAAAAUCCAACAUCCAGACGAUGUGAUCGUAAAGGUCACGACGGCAGCCAUCUGCGGGUCUGACUUGCAUAUGUACCAAGGUCGCACAGCUGCGGAAGCCGGAUUGGUCUUCGGCCAUGAGAAUAUGGGUAUCGUGAUUGAAACAGGAGCAGGUGUUACGCUUCUGGAAAAGGGCGAUAGGAUUGUGUUGCCGUUUAACGUAGCCGAUGGCAGAUGUAGAAACUGCGAGGAAGGACGAACGGCCUUCUGUACCGGAGUCAACCCGGGGUUCGCAGGCGGCGCGUAUGGAUAUGUAGCCAUGGGACCUUAUCAAGGCGGACAGGCACAGUACUUGCGCGUUCCAUUUGCGGACUUCAAUGCACUCAAACUGCCAAAAGGGACCGAGCACGAAGCCGAUUUUAUACUACUGGCAGACAUUUUCCCGACAGGGUGGCACGGCCUAGUACUUGCUGGGUUCAAGUCUGGUGAGAGUGUCGCCGUAUUCGGCGCAGGACCCGUCGGUUUGAUGGCGGCAUACAGCGGCAUACUACGAGGCGCAAGCAAGGUAUUCGUCGUCGAUACGGUUCCCGAGCGAUUGCAAGCUGCAGAGAAGAUUGGAUGUAUACCCAUCGACUUCAGGAAGAGCGAUCCUGUUGAACAGAUUAUCAAGCUUAACGAAGGCAUGGUCGAUCGUGCAGUGGAUGCUGUUGGGUACCAGGCUGUUGAUGCUUCAGGCAGCAAAGAGAAGCCAAAUAUCGUCCUCGAUCAGUUGAUCAUGGUGACACGACCGACUGGAGGGCUAGGCAUUCCCGGGCUAUAUGUGCCUGCAGACCCAGGAGCGCCAGAUGAGCAGAGCAAGAAGGGCCAGAUUCUGAUCUCCUUCGGCAAGCUUUUCGAGAAGGGCCUGUCGCUAGGAACUGGACAAUGUAACGUCAAGGCGUACAACAGGUACUUGCGUGAUAUGAUCGUAUCUGGGAGGGCGAAGCCAAGCUUCGUUGUGUCGCAUGAAAUCAAUAUCGAUGAGGCGCCGACGGCUUACGAGAAGUUCGACAAGAGGAUCGAGGGGUAUACGAAGGUAUUGAUUCAUCCCAACGGGUCGUUGAACUAGCUAGAAGUCUAAGCAUAUUUCGUGGAUAUAAAUCACUGUCAAACUCACUCACGCGGUAGGUGUGCCAUGCACUUCUCGACGCUUCGGGCACCGCCCUUCUGUCGUGCGCCUAGACCUAGACCUGCUCUCUUACACCUACCU